AUGUUUUCACCUUUUCCCCAUGCAGCAGCGCCAGGGGCAGAGUGGUGGCCAGCUUCCACAGCCACUCCACCCCAAAAACCCCUUCGGACCGUCGCCACCUAAAACAGCAUCUUAUUCGGCUCACAAACCCCUGCUGUCGUCAGCUGCACGCCCUCCACCUUUAUUGUCCUUAUUAGGAAGCCACCCCUCUUCUUCGCCAAAUCAGUACUUUUUCAACCACCCUUCCCUGUUAUUACUUCCUUCUUAUCCCUUAUUCCAAAACGGGCCCCUUUUAUCCUGGGUGGAAAUCCGCAUCCCCUUAAAACCCAGCCCUCCUCAGAACACCCUCCGCCCUGCUCCCUCUAUCUCCUUACAAUUAGGAAAAGCUCUAGACCUUCCUCUCCCUUCCCCUCCUUCGUGCCGGCACCCUGACUGCAUCGCCAACUGGCGAGGAAAAAUUAACGGCAGGGCAGUAGUUAAAUCGCCAACUAAAACCUUCCUGCAGGCCUACCCUACCGGCAGGUUGUGCGACGAGGAGCUGCAGAGUCUGCUUCCGCUCGACUGGUCUCCCACGUGCGUCCACGACUUCCGACGCUUCGGCCUCGUCAGGGUGCCCCUGCCGCCAGGUUACGAGUGCGUCGUCCACAGCCUCAACAUGCAGCUGGGCGGAGAAAGGGUCAGGGCCGUCGAAAAGGUGGAGAACCCGUACCAGUUCCUGCUGUACCAAUUGAAGAUGAUGGAGGGUGAUGGGGGCCUGGAAAGGGUGUUGUUCCACGGGACAAGCUACGCCAACAUCCUGUCCAUCACCAGGGACAACCUGAAUUGGCGCCUGGCGGGAAGCAGGGUGGGCCACCGCCACGGCCUCGGCGUCUACUUCUCCACGAGCGCCUCAUUCUGCCUCAGGUUCGGCAGGCAAAGUCGGUGCUUCCUGGUGGCCAGGGUGCCGGUCGGCGCCAUCUCCAGGGGCUCUUCCACAACACGCCUGCCUGGCCCGAGUGCAGACGCCACCGGAGAUGGAAGACACACCGUCGUCAAGUACCACGACCACGAGUUUUAUCCGCAAUACGUCGUCCACUUUUGACUUUUA